UGCACCAUAAUAUUUCUUACUUUAAGGACAAAGGUUCUGAUGAGGUUGUAUUCAAGGCCAUGGGGAGGGCUAUCAAUAAGACUGUCAUGGUUGUGGAAUUGAUCAAGAGGAGGAUUGUUGGCCUCCAUCAGAAUACCACCACUGGAUCUACUGAUAUUACUGAUAUGUGGGAGCCAUUGGAAGAAGGCCUACUUCCGCUUGAGACAACAAGACAUGUCUCUAUGAUCACUAUAACUCUUUCAAAGAAGGAGCUGGACACAUCAUCUAUCGGGUAUGCAUACUGCACUCUUUUGUCAGCUGCAUUUAAUGACUUUCUUUGCCAGUUUGUCUUAACCAAAUUCUAUGGUUUUCUAUGCCAUGAACUCACAUCUCGCUACGUCAAGUCUGUACUAACUAUUAAGGGGGCAGUGUAG